AAUGACCUUCUGAAGGAAGAACAGCAGGCACACAUCCGGCGUAUACUAGGUCAAAUAGAAAAAGAGGAGAAAGAACGAGAUGAAAAGGAGAUUGUAACUAGGGAAGAUGUGGAAGAGUCACUGAGAGCAAUAUGGCAAUAUGUUAGGGACAAAGAACAGCUUCUGAAAGAUCUGCACUCCCAGAUUGAAGAAACUGGCCAAAGACUUUCAGUAAAGCAGAGUGAGAGGGAUUAUUGGUUGGAGUACAAAAAUGUAGGAAGUAAAAUACAGGCCAGCAAGAUUAUGAAUCUGGAAAAAGACAUCCAGGAAGUCAAAGAUGACCUUCAGAGGGCUGCAGAAUAUUAUAGAGAUGCUUUGAAAGCAGUGAAAGAAGAAAAUGACAGACUUGUUGAGAAGCACAUGAAGUUAUGUAAGAAACAAGCCCUUGAGAAUGCUGUAAGAUACUUGGACAAAAACAGUUGUAGAGAAGUUGAAGAGAAUGAAUGGCUAAAAGAAGCGGUUAAGAGGUACCAAAAGGAAGUAAGUGAUUUGAAAGCCUCUAUUCAGCUGCUGGAAGAGGAAAAUACCGCUUUAGUGACAAAACUGAUUGAUGGCAAACUUCAGUAUCUGAGAGGACCCAGGCAUUUGUUUCUUACCCAGGCAGCUGGUUUGCAAGAUGAAUUUCCUAAGGAUGAAAUGAAAACAGAGUAUAGAGAGUAUGCAGCAAAAGCAGAUGGAGAUGAAAGCCUCAGAAGUGCCACAGUCCCCUCUCAGAAAAAUAAGGCUUUUGCAAAGAUUCCAUCUAAAACGGAGGAGAAGCCUCGAGACAGUGAUGAGGAGCUGAUGAGGGAAAAGUGUUUCGCUCCAACUCUUCGUAGCUUGUUGUAUGAAGAAGAAAAAGAUUUCCAGGAAUACUUAAAACUGGAUCCUCUGGAGACAGAGCUGAUGUGUGUGGUUGGAAGAGCCAUGCCUAUUCAUAAAGAACCAGAAGAAACACCAAGCACGAGCCACAAAGAAGACGGCAUUAUUGGUAAAUCAGAUGGGCACAUCACAGCUCAGAUGAUUAAGGCCUUAUUUGAAGAAAAGGUUGGUUAA